UGAUGUUUACGACAUUCAAUAUUUGUUGAGUCAUUUGUGAUAGUUCGUCAAUAAAAAUUGACCAAUUGCUCGAUUUAAAUGUAAGUGAAAAAUGAAUAACGUCAGAAUCGUUAAAUUAGAAGCAUGAUUCAUUUAACUAUUUGGCUAAGGCGGAUUAAGUAGUCGGUUACGUGUUUUGUGAAAUCAUUUUUCAUUCAGUGCAAUGAGUAAAAUUAGCCCUUCGAAAUAACUGAAUAAAUGACCACAAAAAUGGUUGAAAAAAAUUCCCUGGCCAACGAUUCAUUAUUUUUGCAAGCCAUUCCAACGACAGUAAAUGUCAUCGUUGUUCGAUUAUGUGAAACGAACAUCAAAAGUUCAGGCCAUUUAAAUUUAGACGCAAUAUGAAAGUUUAAUGGAAGUGUGAAAUUAUGCAAAAUCAUUAUAAAUGCAUUUAUUAAAUCAACGGUUCAUAUUGUGAGCCCAUCUGAGACAUAAAAUUGUACAGUCUGGUCGGGAUUUGUGUGUGAAUGUGUAUUUGUAUUUGUAUGCGAUUACCAAACGUAGGUUGAUAACCGGUUUCAAUAGAAUGUUGACAUACAGAGAGAGAGGGAGAGAGAGACAGAGACAGAGACAGAGAAAGAAGAAACUAGAACAUUUCCUGGUUCUAAACUUAAUGAUAAUUUCAUUGUUGCGAUCAGCGAAAUUGGUUUUCUUCGUUUUUUGGAUUUGAAUAUUAUUUAUUUGCGCAAACGACGAAUCGUCACAUUUUUCUUCGUUAUCGAAAUCUGACGUCGUUACGCGAGAAUGACAAGCGCGUUUCAGGAGCUAUUUUCGUUUUGUCAUAUAUGUGUAUGCGAGAGAGAUGCGUUACGUUAAGGACUCGCAAACUCCGGUCGUCAUACACUGAUUCUUUCUUGGCUGCUGGCCAUUUAACACACAACGAUUGCGAAUUUUCGGAAAAAAUUUCAACCGAAAGCAAAAAAAGACACAACAAACAAACCGUUAACGUUGAUCGCAAAUGCGCACGCUGCGCAAUUUUACCUUUCGACUAUGUGUACGACCGUUGAGAUUGUUGCGUUCAGCAAACAUCAUUUGAUCGCGGAUUCAUUUGGAUCGUAACGUAUUCGAUUGGAGUAGAAAUUAAACGGAUUUUUUUUUGUCGCGCAUAAUCAGUAUUCCAUUGGGAAAAGUGUAUUGAAUUUCAUUCGACACUUCCAUUCAACCGAUCAUUGACUCAUUGUGGAUCAUUGCAUUCAAAGUGAAAACGGAAGAAGAAUUCCUCUACAACCUUGACUCAGACAAAAAAAAAGAACGAAUCGAUUGAAGGAUGCAAUGAUCGUCUGUGAUGAAAUUGUCAAUUGCCUAUAAAAUUGUAUAAUUUCAACAAAUUUUGUGAGUUUUCAAUUGAAGAAGUUUGUUUGCUCACAGAAAAGUUGAAUUUUGCUGAAAGAAAAAAGUCAAAUUUCAUUCGAGGAAGUGGUUGCAAGGGUAAUUUCACGGCUGCGUAAAAAAGACAUCAAAAAGACAGCAAAAUGGAUGACAAUACAACCGUACAACUGUACAUUUACGAUUUGACCAGUGGCAUGGCGGCAAUGAUGAGCCAAAUGUUGCUUGGCAGACACAUCGAAGGAGUAUGGCAUACGGCCAUCGUUGUUUAUGAGCGUGAAUUUUUCUACGGCGGAUCAGGCAUUCAAAGUUGCAUGCCGGGUGGAACCGUUUUGGGACAACCAACAAAAGUCGAAAAAAUUGGUGAAACAUUUAUACCAUAUCAAGUGUUUAAGGAUUACUUACGCGGUUUAGCAGAAAGUUCAUUUCGAGGAGCCAAUUAUAACUUAUUGAAGCACAACUGUAAUAUAUUUUCACAAGAACUGUGCCAGUUUCUGUGUGGUACCAGCAUACCCAAGUAUAUUUUGGACUUGCCCAGCAACAUACUAUCCACACCGCUCGGACAAAGUUUGGCUCCAUUGAUCGAAUCCAUCGCAAAUUCAGCUAGCGAAGGUGGUGGAGGUUUUUCAUACGAACCACAGAUUGGUGCACGUGAACAGAGUCCCGGUUUUGACGAGCUAAACAGUGAAAUUGAACAGGCUCGAUUGCAAUCAAUUGCAUUGGAACGCAGCCGAACGGCAAUCAAAGAGAAAAUCGCCAAGAAGGAAAAGAAGAAGGAAAAAAAGAAAAAGAAGAAGCAUUUGUCAACGUCAGACAGUGAAUCAGCAUUAAAUAUGUCAGAAAUUGAGGCAAGCGAAACAGCAAACGGCGGUGCCGUUGCUAGCAAUGAUAUUCCAGAAGAAAUGCAACCAUCAGAAAGCCGAUUGAGACAAGACUCUCAAGAAUCGAACGAAGAAAGUGAACGUAGUAGAAAACCGCGCGAGCCAGCCAUUGUUUUUAAGGAUAUUGAGGCAGCUGUUGAAUUGGAGAAUCUUGUUCGAUUGGUGGAUGGAAAAUUGUCAAAAGACGAUGAAACUGCAGUUGAGGAGUUACAUCAAUAUUUGAUUGAAGGCGAGGGUAGCUGGGCAUUGGGAGAGGGAUUUUUGCUGUUUGUCGGCCGUAUUUUGGAAGACAAAGGUCUUCCAGUUGAAGCCCGCGUUCACUUGUUGCGUACUCUGGCCGCGGCUGCUUUGAACGAUGACAUCAUUCUAUUGCUGCAUCAAGAUCGUCGUGAACACAUUUUGAUGAAUUUUGCCCAAGACAUCGAUCGCAAAUCACCUGAGGAGCAAGAAGCACUUGCGCUAUUUAUUUGCAACUUAUUUGAGAACGUCAGCUCAUCGGAGUGGCUCUUGUACAUUUCUGAAUGGAACUACAACAACGUUCAAACGUCAAAUAUUCGUGCCAGCACCAAAGUGGCCGUCCACUGUUUGCUCGCCUCAUCCGCUACAUUGAAAGACAUCGGAACGGCCAUUGUUUACAAUUUGGCCUGCAAGGAGGUGUUUGAUGACAUUGCCGUUGAAUUGACCAUGGCUUUGCUACAAUUCUUCAGUGAAAAACCAUCGGAGGAGCAUUUGUUCAGAACUCUUAAGGCGCUCUCGAAAUUUGUUACGGUUUCGGCUGAUAUCCCUCAAUUAGUACAAAUGAUUGGACCACAUCCAAAAUCAUUCAAAGGCAACAGCAACCGAUGUGACGAGCUCAUCGAUCAAAUCUCACAGAAAGUUCGCUAAAUUCACUAUAUAUUCAAAUCGGUGUGUCAAGUCGGAAAAAUAAAAUCUAAGCAAAAAUAAUUAAAUGGAAAGAAGAAUUUUGUGCAUUUCAAAAAAAAAAAAAAAUGAUUAAAUUAUCAAUUGUGUUGACAUUUUUAUUUCGAAUUGACAAAAAAAAAGUCUAAAUAAUAGUAUUUGUUUACGAUCAAUUAUUGUAUACUCUUCAAAUAAUAUAUCACCAAAUUGAAUUAAAUGAGAAAAAAACAAAUUGUCUUUAGCAUAGAAAAAGUCAAACUGAGAAAUAAAUGCAAAUAUUUUGCAAGUAA